CAUCAAUUAAUUGGCAGACAAAUUCAAGAAGGAUACAUAGUGUACCUGAUAAAUUUUAUGUUUUGGUGUUUAUCAAAAGUAGCCAAAAUCUUUUUGCUGAUUCUUUUGCACAACUUUUUUCCUUAAUAAUGAAAUAGAUAAGGUACUAGUACGAGUAGUAAUUAACACCCAUCCCUGCAAUACUCGUACUAUACAUAGCUAAUCAUUAAUAUUUCCACUUAAAAAAAAUAGCAAAAUUUUUACCAACUCACACAGAGCUAGCUUUAAUCCAAGUAGUACUCCAGUAAGUAAUAAAACAGAGUUUUUCAGUAGGUAAAAAAAACUGGCAAGGAUAAUUUCAUGGCGGGCGAAGAGAUUGCUUGUUUCUUCAAGUUGAUACUCCAACAUCGGCUCGAUCUCCAAAAAUUGGAAAUUCCAAGGAAAUUUGUGAGUGUUUAUGGGAAAAAUCUGUGGAAAGUGAUAUACGUAGACGAUCCAAGCGGUAAGAUAUGGGAAUUUGAAUUAGUAAGAGCAAAUGACAAGUAUUUGGUGCAAAAGGGCUGGCCGGAAUUCGUUGAGUACUACUCGUUGUCUCAUGGGGACUGCAUUAUGUUCAAAUUCAAAGGGAAUCACCGAUUCGACGUCGUCAUUUUCAACAUCACCGCUUCCGAGAUUGAGUACCCUCAAUCAAACUCAAACAGAGACAUGAAGACGGAUAGCUCUUGUCCAUCCUUGGCGAUUAAAAUGGUAAAUGGAGCCGACCUUUCUCAAUCACGAGUUUACUGCUGGCGUGAUUAUACCUAGUGAAUUUGCAAAGACAUACUUGGACAAGUCACCUUGCACGCUCAAGCUACUAACUGACAAUAUUGAGAAAACUUGGGAAGUGAGCUUUACCGGUGGUGGUAGUAGACAUGCCAAGUUGAGCACUGGAUGGGAAGUUUUUGCAUCAGAUAACAAGUUGAAAGUCGGUGAUAUAUGCAUGUUUGAGUUGAUCGCCUGUCAAGAGCUUAAGGUUUGCAUAAUUCGUGCGAGUUCAAGCGAUCCCAGAAAAAUCAUCAAACCAUCCAAAGUGCCAGCCAAAGCGUGUGCGAGUACUCAACCAGAAGACAUAGAUUCAUGGCCGAAACAGCCAAGGCCGCCAACGAGGGAUCCCAGAGAUGCAGCUGUUAUGGCAGCUGAAGCUUAUACAAGUGCUUUUGCUGGAAAUCCAUCAUUUUCAAUCGCUAUCACUUCUGGUUACAUGAAAUACAACAUACUGAACAUACCACUCCGUUGGGUGGAGACGUACAUGAGAGGAAGUGACAAGCGCAAUAUAACGCUAAAAGGGGGGAAGAAAAGCUUGAAUACCAAGUUGAUUAUAUACCGCCACAUUACAGGCUCUCAUUGCAAGCUAACAGGAGGGAUUUCAAAGUUCUUUCAUGACAACGCCAUCAUACAAGGAGACGUAUGUGUGUUCGAGCUCGUCAACAAUGUUCCAAAUACCUUGAAAGUCUUGGUAUUUCGCUAAUGCUACUAUUAAUUAACCCAUUACAAUUUACAAAUGCCGAGCUAAUCGCAUCAUGAAAUAUAUACUUGGUGCUUAUGUUAUUCAGCCUUUAAUUUAGUUAGAUUUGAUGUUGUAAUCGAAUUAACUUGUUGGAAUUUGGUAGCUUUGUUCUCUGUCUA